CAAACACGAAGUAACACUAUAAAUAAGAAAAUUUAGUCGUAUUUCAUCACAAGUAAGCGGAAAAAAUGUUACAAACUAGGAUGAUGUCCUCGAGGAAGAGGAUCAGAAACCCAGCGGGCAUGAUCCAGCCCAACUGUUGUAGCCCGAAGAGAGCUGCAAGAACUGCCCUCCCGGUCACAAGGCCAAAGCCGCGAGUUGUCAGAGAAACCAAACCCAAACGCACGGUAAAGGCAAAGCUGCUUUUUCUGCUAAGAGCAGCGCUUCUUGUCGCGACCACACCGGCAUCGUCUAUGGGCUUCUCAUCUUUCACCCGAAGGGAAACUAUUUCGGAGCUGACCCCUCGGACUUCUGUGGAGCACGAGCGCGUGGAUGUUUUAUUCUUCAAGGAGGGCGAGCAACCACCGGAGAACAAGUACGGCCGGGGCCCCGAUACGGGCACGUAUCAUGGCUACGAAUACGGCGAUAUUUGUGUUCCCGCUUCCGAUUGGACUGCGCCCGGUAUUGGUAUACAGCGCAUGCAAGAGCUUCGUCGGGCACCAGGAGCGAGCUCUACGUGCAGUACCGAGACGAGGCAGUAUGAAGAUGAUCGUUGUGGACCAGCACGAGGAGAAGUUGUGCCUCGUCAGGCGGGUGCAGCUAGUACUAUGUUCAACGAUGAUGAUGCUCAACCUCUUACCGUUCCGGUACUGACGUUGAGCGGUAGGAAAAUAGACGCGGUACAGUUCCGGCCCGGUCACACUUUGACGGAGGAGGAUUUACGCCAACUAGGAAAGGCGGUCGCGUGCCCAAAAGGCCACGCGGUUCAACUCGCAGUGCUUCCUUAUGGAAAUAGCAAAGAGCAGGCUCGGGGGGAAGGUGAAGGAGAUGCAGGAGAAAAACCUCGCAAACGUUUUCUGGGUCGUACGCAGCAAGAUCAUGAUGACCAGUUCGUAGCUUCUUGUCCUGCAGCACACCAGCAUUCCUUGGUGCAGGAGCCACCUUUGUCUUUGACCUUCUUAUCUUCCGGGACCCGCCGCACCGAGGCGACGUCCAUUCUCUGGAAAGACACGGAGCGUCGAGAUGAGCCCUCAGAGGCCGCCCAUGAUCCUGAAUUGGCUGCGGUUUCCCGCUGUCCGUGCUGUUGCUGCCUGAGCGAACGCAUCAGCCACGAAACGCAGAGUGAUCCUUACGCUAGACCUAGACCACCCUCGAUGUCCUCUGGGUCUCCGCCUUGGGCGGGUGGAAUCGGUUUGAGCGCAGAUGUUGAGCAAGGUCAUUCCGAGGCGCGCUCUUCUUCAUCUUCAUCUGAACAAGCUAGAAGUAGAACUGGUAGUUGUAUUAGUACCAAGAGACCAACAGCACAGGCUGCACAGGAACGCAGUCUGCGCCAUCGACUUCAACAACAUCCCUCGCGGGCAUCACUAGAUCGCCCGCGACGACGCAAAACCAGACCAGUCUUCAUUUGUUGCCGCGAGAGCACCACGGAAACGGCAGGAGAAGGCGACGCAGGUAGCGGGCGAGCGAAUGAUGAUAGUGGUCCUGCUCCUCGAGGUGAAGCAGCUUCGAUGCCAACUUCUUGCCGAGCAAUCGAGCAGUCCCAGCUGAUCUUGAGAGUGGGCGACAAGAUUCCUCACCCAGUAUUUGCAGGCAACGUCUGGGCGGAAGAGCAAGGCCGAGCUGCCAGAUGUGCGUCUGAGAUGAGAGCUAGAUCGCUCCUUGCGAGUCUGCGAGGACAACACUUAUUCGGAGAUGUCGAAAGAGAUGCGGAGUCGCGUCCUCUGUACACGACGAGUCUUCAGCCACUUUCCUUUCCGGCGGUGUCAACGCAGCAGCAGCCUGCUCCUUCCUCGGUUCAGCUGCCAGCCCUGCAGCUUGUGAUAACGAAGUACGAAAGCAUUUUUGAUAAGGUCUACCGUGUGCUUUUCCAGAGCUCAGCCCUUCUCCCGCACUAUGCGCUGGUCGAUGACGCGAUUCACCAGUUGUCCUUUGGGUAUGAUAGCACGAGCACAGGAGCGCCGGCGCACGUCGACCGGAAGGAGGAAAUCGCGAAGUUUCUGGUGAAAAACCUGGUCGAACUCGACGCCAAUUUCGACUUUUCCCUCCCACUGGAUUCCCGCAACGGGUCGCUGAAGGGAAUCAUGGACCUCGACCUCUCUGAGACUGUAAAGCUGGAAGACGCCCGGUUGGUGCAGACGAAGACGACGAGGAGGGCGCGUCGGAGCAAGCGAUUUCUGGAGAUCGAAGACUUACUGCCCUAUGAGCGCGACUACGGGCAAUUCGCCCCCGGGCAGAGCUCCGUUUCCCGGGAAUCUGCGCUGUUGUUCAAUUGGCGGUCGCCGGAUGUAUCGAAUGCGGAUGGAAGAAGCAGCAUUAGUGACGGUCUUGAAGAAGUGGAGCAAGACUUCUUACGCGAGCAGCAGCACACGCAAGAUGACAUGCAUGUUGACAGCAUCAACAGCAACCCGAAUAGUGCAGACGCGGAAGAGCGACUCGCUACAGCAGCCGAAGGAACGGACAUCGUGCGACCCAUCACGUCGCUCUGGUCGCAGUACUUGAUACCAGAGACAGUGUUCAUCGUGGCGCACACGCGGGAGCAGCCUGAUGCUGGCGGUGAUGAGGGCGAUAUGUCUAGUGCUGCGAGAAUGAAAAUGCAAGAGCGGCGUAAUUCGUCCUGGAGCUGCAUGACGGGGCUACUUAAUGAAGACGAAACGACCGAUCAUGGCCCGCCCGAUACUCAUUUCGCGGACAGUGGGCCGUCGCUGUCCGCUUGCGCCUCGUGUCCGCGUGCAGGCAGAUGCAGAACCUCGGACGCUCAACAUCCUGCAGAUCCAAAAAAUCAUCAGGAAAGUUCCACUAGCAGUACCAAAGACAGAGCAAAAAUUCCUGGCCUGUCGCGGGACAUUUUGGACCAUUUAGAUCUCGAAUAUGUGUCGUUUCAAGCGCAACCGGAAAUCGGCUGGGUCCAGUUCUUCGCAAGUUUUGUCAGCUCCGCUAAAAGUCGUGGUAAGGCUGCUGGAAUAGUAGAGAGGGAUCUUGCCGUGACAGGCAAAGCUCCCGCGGUUGCCGAUGCCAGGAGACCACACGGGGGUGCGGGUGCUGCUGCAGAGAGGAUUUUUCCCGGUGCUAUUGCAAAGCUCCCGCGCAGUUCGGCUUAUGCAGGUCUUCCUCUUCCCGAGGAGAGUCCCCGCGUCACCAUUCGCUUGCAGUGGGAGGAUAUGCACUGCAAAAUACUAUCGCUAUCGUACUGCUGCAAAUUGGAUAUGAUCGAUAUCAUACUUAACUAUAUGAAAACUUUCAUCCAAUUCCAAGAAGAAAAAUGCAGUUUGCCAUUGUCAUAAUGGAUGAGGUAGAAACUUAGAUUUGUCAUGCAUGACUGCACUACGCUUACGUUACGCGUGCGAUAGAUACUUUUGCAAAGCAUAGAGGAACCCGACACGACGACGCAAUUUCCGUACCCCGAGCCCGACCAGUGGUGCGCACCUCUGGAGUUUGAGCUGCUGAUUUCGGUGCAACGCCAUGACGGGGUACGAGAAACGUUCGGAAUCGAAACCGCUCCGGUGCAGCAUACAAUGAUAACAAGAAGUAACGAGUAAAAUAUGGAAGUAGAACAACCAAGGUGACUAGGACUUGGACUACAGCAGGAGGAGGAGUGACAGGCACGGAAAGGACGUCAGUGGUGUCGCGCAAAAGCAGCAAAUCUGUGUCUGUGAAACUUUCCUUACAACCCGUGGACUCAUCAUAAAAUAAUGAAUAUCAUCAUGAACAUCACUGAUAAAGUAGAAGCGCGCCGAUUUGUUCGUGGCUAUGAAUACAUCUCAAGAAAAAGCAUACGCUUUUUCAUCCCGGACAAGCGUUGUACUCAUCGGAUAUAUAAAUGUACCCAACAGACAAGUCAUCUUCAGUGUAGCACCUGUAGCUUGAGGCCCACCAGGGCGUUCCGGGUGUUUUCGAUUUUAUUUUGCCUGCGCAAACGAUAUGACGCCGAAUGAAAUUUUGAUUCUUAUGACUGCAAAAGUUAAAAGUGAAAGAGCGGCCGCGGCGAUCUGCGUGUACAUAAAUUUAUAUGUUGAAUGCAAUCUUGGCUCAUCACAUAGACACCUCCCAGUGUCCGUCGAAGAUACCAACCCUGAAAUGAAAAUCAACGAAAGUAUUGAAAUUCAAGAUACAUCCAAUAGAAUUACCAGGUCCAGCCACGAACGUAUAUGAUAUUCGUAUUGACGCACGACCGCUCCUGCUGGUGCCAACGAAGGUUGUACCUGCGCAUAGUAGUCGUAGCUUUAAUUUUUUCGUCGCGACAAGGGUUAAAGCCUUAGGACCACCAGCGCUCUGACCGAUACAAUUGCCAAGAAGAGCGCCGAAAUAAACCCAAAAAACAGAAAUUAUGAACAAGAGUGGGGUAACAAUGAAAUCCCUAUCCGCCCCCCCGGCGGAUAAGCCGGGGGGGCGGAUAAGGAUUUCAUUGUUACCCCACUCUAACGAAAAACCUUUAUCCGUGUUGUACUCGUAGAAACAAUGUCCCUGCUCUGCUACCUUCAGUUUUGUGGCCCACAGCUGUCAGAAACACAACUUUGCUUGUUAGCACUGGGGCCCGACAUGAUGUCGAAGUCCUGACACUGACAAUCAGAGUCAUGAGACGAGGUCGCGAAUAAA